UGCCAAUGGCAACCGUCGUCGUUACACCGCACGCCAUACCAGAUUGAUCAAUGCUAGAUUAAAAUAAAAAACCUACACAAGGCACAAUAACACAUUUCCACCAAUUUUCUGAAUCGAAACAAUAGCCAAUGACCACCAUUAAAAAUGUGGUGGAUUUGGAUGACAUGUUUUACGAAAGUCUUUCGUUGGGAUUGGCAAAGGUUCUGAAUUGCAUUCCACGUAUUACAAACGUUACGUGCGAAAAACGGUUGCCAUGUGAAAAGGCUCAAGUUACGGCCUGGGAGUCGCGACACAAUAUCUACCUUCCGGAUGAUAUGAAACGUUUUUAUUUGUCCACCGAUGGAUUCAAUUUCUACUGGAGUUAUCAGUAUUCUCCGAAUGAUAUCCGCCGCGUAGGACAUAUUCAUUUCCCGCAUUUGAUUCAGAUAACGCUCGUUCGAGAUAACAUAGAUACAAUCCUUAGCUCCAGCCCGAACACUGCCGUUACGAUUCCACCAAUCAUUCGCCAGUCCAACUACAUUGAUUCGACUUCGGGAUAUCUCAAUCACCUGAACCUCAAUUCUCGAAGUAAAAUUUUCGAACUGAGUACCAUCACGGAUCUGGCGAAGGUUUGCUUAGUUUACGAAACCCCGGAAUCUUCAAAUCCGAAAAUAUUCCUAUUAGAAAUGGGCACUUUCAAGUGGCAAUUUUUGGCGGAUACUUUUACCGAGUACUUGCGGAUGAGCAUAGCCCACCUUGGUUUGCCAUACUGGGAGCUGUGCUUUUCGAGCUGUGGAUUGCCGUCCUGGACUGAGCAGCUGUUUUUGCUGCUGGCGCCUCAUUUGCUGGAGAAAAACGAGAAUCGUAGGCUGAAGAACAUCGUUUGCGUUAACGAAAAUCCACCGUACAAUGUGCUGGACCCGGCGGUUUUCCGAACUAAACCACGCUGCUCGAGACAAAACCAGAAAAAUCGUAUGAACAAUUAGCGUUUAUUUACAAAAGGAUGGCCGCGACUGGAGAGUUUAUUUUAUACGUAAAUAGUUUACAAUUAGUAAUUCAAUAAACAGUUUGCUACAACGUUUGAAAUAGUGAGGGAUCA